CGUUUUCUUAGUAUUUCCCACCCUUCACAUUUCACUCACAUUACACAAAAGAUUAAAUCGAAAGGUUUCUACAAAAAACUUGUACAAAGAUGGAUUGCAGGGCUCCUGGAUUGCCCAAUCUCGAAGGAAGUGGAUCGGAGUUGACCCACUGCACCAUCUCGGCUCUGGAUGACAUUCUGACCCAGGAGGACGAGUACUCCUCCGAAUUGGAACUUUCAAAGGUAUUCGAGAAGCUGGAGCAGAUGAAGCAGCGGGUUUUGUAUUUACGAGGUCUCCUAAUCCGCCCUCCGGAGUCAAGUAAAACCGAUUGCGGUUCAGACUCUGAUCAGAUGCAACUGGAACUCGAGCAAACUGGAUCAAAAGAUGUCGAGUUGAGGAAAGUGCAACAGGAUACCGCACAAGCCUGUCUGCAAAUCUCCGAAGUGAGUCGCAAACUUAAGGAAUCCAAGAUCUCUUUAGCAAGACUGGAUGAGAAGGUUCAGAGAAACAUCCGAUGCACCAAGAAGUUGGCCAAGAGGCUCCUCGAAGUGCCCAAGUGGCAGGAGGAGCUGAAGCACAACGUGGGAUUGUGUAUAGAGCGGUACAACGACUUGGAUAUCAGUCGAGGCAACUACCUUCAGUACAGUGACAACUACGCACGGCCCAUUCAGACCAACAUGAAGUACAGCUACUCCUCGAAGGUUCCCAUAAUUUGCUACAAGCAAGACUACAUGCAGUUGUACAACGGACUGAACAGAACGAGGAAGGUGCUGAUGCAGUGCUACGACCAGCUGAUGAAGUACACCCAAGACGUGGACGAGGCUCUGACCUCGGGACAAGAGAAGUUCCCGAUUGGGGUAUCGAUCUCGGAGCUCUCUAUGAUGCUCGACGCGAACGCCUCGGCGACCAAGCAUCGCAGGUCGAGCGCAAGGCUGCGAAAGUCCUUCAAGUUCGGCUGGGCAGCUCCUCUGCCGGAGAAGGAGAAGCACUGGCUCACCGUUUCGAAGUCCGAGACAGAUAAUUAAAAAUGCCACCGGCCGCAAAAACCGCCAUUCUGUAAUUUGAAGAGCAGUCAAGUUCCGGAUUUUUGGGGGCAAUAGUGCGCCUAAUGAAUGUGUAACACCGAAGGGCAAAAUAGAAACGAACAAUGGCCGGGCUAAUUGUGCAAAAAUGUUUUGGCAAAUAUUUCGUUAACAGAUUUUGCGGGCAUUUAAGCCGCAGAAAUGCAAUUAGCCGUGAACGUAUUUAACCAAACAAAACAAAAACGCGAAUGCAGUGGCCACUCCAACCAAAAUUAAAAGGAAGAAAUGGAAAAACCACCGAACGGAUGUGGGCAAAAUUUGAA